AUGACCACCCGGUCUGACCUCGACUGUAGUGAUUCUACCACCCACCGACCGGACCCCGAAUUUCCACAGGACAUUAUGGUCAACUCUCCUAGGGUCGGUCAAGUAUUCUGGACUUUUCUAAACCAUCCAGAUGACGAUCCAAGCCCGGAUGGAGUCGCCAGAGAUAGUGACAUCAUACUUGGGGGCUUGCGGCUGGCAGGUUGGCGACCCGUCAUUGUCUUCCGUGUAUGGGCGAAACACUGCUGGGUUGCGGAGAUGUGCCGUCCAGACCGCCAAUACUUUGAUGGGCUAUCACUCCGUGAACUUGUGGAGCGUGGCCACGUUGUUAUGGACGCCAGCGAAGGUUUCGAUUACGCGUCCCUUCCCGAAGAUCACCAUCUCUUCCGCUCUAUUGGAGAGCCUUUCAGGGUUAACUAUCACGAUGAUGAAGGAAGACAGCAGCUAUUAGGAUGGUCCUUAGUGCAGCCAUGCCGCUUUCACAGCCCAGAUUUCGAGCGUAUGGGUACACUCUGUGGUCACCUUACCGAAGAAUCUACUGCGCGAUUCAUGGCAGUCCAGAAAUACAGUGACCGCUUGUCUGAGACUGUAGAAUCAGUGUACGACCACGAUUUCACACGAGCACCGAUUCCCAACCCGCUUACGCCAGAGUAUCGAACAGCAAUACUGUGGAUCAAGAAUGAGAUUCGCCGACUAGUACCUCCUCCCGGUAGUUCUGAGACGGCCAAUGACGCGCAUCUAGAUACUAGUGAGCUUUUCGACUUUUCCUCAACUAUACCAAAUCGCGGGGACGCAGUCUCACCUUCUCUCAUCAUGAAGAAAGCCAGAGACGCGUCUUAUGGAUACUUGAAAUCUGCAGCAAUCAUCAAAUCCCAGAAGCAGAGCCUACUUUUUCAGGCAGAGGAUGAGUAUGACGAUGUUCAAGCUAAUUGGUGGGCAUCUACUGCCGAGCGAAACAGUCUAAAGCGCAAGCGGGAUGAUGCCGAGGUGGAAGUGGAAGUGGCAUUACUCCAGGAGAAGGGCUAUAGAGAGCUUUUCAUCGAGCUCAUGAAUUUCCUCCCUGAUCAAUCCCGAUUCCAGGGCCAGGAUGAGGACGUGCAACUUUGCUCGACUCUAUCCCGCAAGUUCACCAAGGUUCAGAUCGAUGUUUGGAACGCCAGAGCCUUUCUUGAUCAACGUCGGCGCACUCAGCUUUCUCAGCAGCGGUCUUGCAUUAGCUGCAUCGCAGAUGUAUCUUGA